CAUGGGGACAGGAAGCGGAAGUGGCUCCGCGGAGGCGCCGUGGGGCAGCUGCGGCUCCGCUGGGGACCGGGGGCCCUUCUGAGCCCACUCCCCACCAUGUUUCUGCUGCCUUGCUCCGCCCUCGCCCUCCUCCUGCUUACCUUCCUGGCUCUGGAGUCACCCCCGCGCCGCCCCUCACCCUCCAACCCUGCGUUCUGCCGCUUCCAGCGGGAAUUCCUGCUGGGAUACCUCCCAGCGCUGGCUGCGGACUGGCUGCAGGGCCCACUGCUGUUCCAGCUGCUGCAUAGCCGAGGCUUCCUGCGCAGCCAGAUCGCUGCCCUCUACUCCUGCGGCUUUGCCUCCAACGUCACCUUUGGCCUUGUCUCUGGAGCUUUUGUGGAUCGGCUUGGCCGGAAAAAGUCCUGUGUGUUGUCCUCGGGGCUGUGCUCCAUUUCCUGCCUGCUGCAGCUCUCCCAGGAUUUCCUGGCACUGGCAGCUGGCCGGGUCCUGGCGGGGCUCGGCACCUCUCUGCUCUUCUCUGCCUUUGAGUCGUGGUACAUCCAUGAGCACCUGGAGCGCCAUGACUUCCCAGCCGAGUGGAUUCCCAGCACCUUCUCCCGUGUGGCCCUCUGGAACAGUGGCCUGGCCAUGGCAGCUGGCCUGGUAGCAGAGCUGGUGGCUGAGGGGCUGGCGCUGGGCCCUGUGGCCCCAUUCCUGGUGGCCGUGCCCUUCCUGGCGCUCUCAGGGAUCUUUGCUGGGAAAAACUGGGAUGAAAACUAUGGGAAGAGCCGGCCCUGCAGUAAGGCCUGUGGAGAAGGCCUUCGGGGCCUCCUAUCUGAUCCGCGGGCGCUGCUCCUGGGGCUGGUCCAGGCCCUCGUGGAGAGCAUCCUCCUCAUCUUUGCCUUCCUUUGGACACCUGUCCUGGAGCCGCAUGGGAUCCCACUGGGAAUUGCCUUCUCGGGAUUCAUGGCUGCCAGUGCUGUGGGCUCAGCCCUGUUCCGGCGUGGAGUCACUGGGAGGCUCCGGCUGCAGCCGCUGCAGCUCCUGCCCAGCUCUGUCCUACUCCUGGCGUUGGCUCUUCUGGUCCUGGCACUGCCACUGUACCCACCCUGUGACUUCCUUGCCGUGCUUCUGCUGCAGCUCUCCUGUGGGAUUUACUUCCCAGCCAUGGCAUUCCUGCGGCGCCGGAUGGAGCGGGGAGGGGAUGCAGCAGGAGGAGCGCGGUGGCUGCGGCUGCCCCUUGGCCUGGGGGUGUCACUGGUGCUGCCAGCACUGCCUGGGGACCCCAUGGGGACACGGGGGGUGUUUGGGGCCGUGGCCCUGGCGGCGCUGGUGGCACUGGGAGCAGCUGGGGGGGUCCUGGGCACCACCCGUGGGGAUGAGGGGCUGAAGGUAGGGGGCGAGGGGCUGCUCGAGGGGGACACUGGGGAAUGA